AUGCCGGAGCCAUUGCACCUACCCAACGGCGUCAAUGGCACGCCGGGAGGGUCCCGCCACGUCAAUGGCGGGAACGGUCUUGCCGUGAGGCAAAGGUCGCAGAGGAAACAGUCGAGCCCGAUGCUGCCGGCAUUUAUAGUGUCGGCGCCAGGGAAAGUCAUCAUGUUUGGCGAGCAUGCAGUUGUGCAUGGCAAAGCGGCGAUAGCUGCAGCCAUUUCGCUGAGGUCAUACCUCCAUGUCACGACACUGUCCAAGUCGAAGAGAAUUGUCACGCUUCGAUUUCCCGAUAUCGACUUCCUGCAUACAUGGAACAUUGACGACCUGCCGUGGUCCAUCUUCCAAAGGCCUGACAAGAAAAAGUACUACUAUGACCUCGUCACGACUCUCGACCCCGACCUCCUAGCUGCUGUCCAGCCCCAUCUCGCCGACGUCUCGCUACAUAAGCCCGAAGAUAUACGUAAGAUUCACCGAAACUCGGCGUUGUCGUUUCUCUACAUUUUCCUGUCUCUCGGCUCGCCCUCGUUCCAUGGUUGCAUGUAUACUUUGCGCUCUACGAUUCCCAUCGGUGCCGGACUCGGAAGCAGCGCCUCCAUCGCCGUUUGCCUGUCAGCGGCGCUACUCCUGCAACUGAGGGCGCUCUCAGGACCUCACCCGGACCAGCCGCCGGACGAGGCGAGGCUGCAAGUAGAGCGGAUUAACCGAUGGGCUUUUGUCGCAGAGAUGGCCACCCAUGGCAACCCGUCGGGUGUGGACAACACCGUCUCCACACAGGGCAAGGCCGUGGUGUUCCAAAGGACAGACUACGGCAAGCCCCCUACAGUGAGUCCCCUCUGGGACUUCCCCGAACUGCCACUUCUCCUCGUCAACACGAGGCAGGCCAAGUCUACGGCGCACGAGGUGGCAAAGGUGGGCAAGUUGCGCGACACGCACCCCAAGCUCGUUGGCAACAUCCUCGACGCCAUCGACAAGGCGACGCGGACGGCGUCGGACCUCCUUGAGGACCCCGAGUUUGACAGUGAGGAGGUGGAAUCUCUUCGCAAAGUGGGUGAGCUCAUGACGAUAAAUCAUGGGCUGCUCGUUGCCUUGGGCGUCUCCCAUCCUAGGCUAGAGCGCGUCCGCGAGCUUGUCGAUCAUGACGGCAUCGGCUGGACGAAGCUUACAGGCGCUGGAGGUGGUGGGUGCUCCAUUACGCUGCUACGGCCGGAUGUGUCGGCGGAGAAGCUUAGGAAGCUUGAAGAGAAGCUUGACCAGGAGAAUUACGAGAAGUUUGAGACUACGCUGGGCGGUGAUGGUGUUGGAGUCCUAUGGCCUGCGGUUCUUAAGAAUGGGCUUGAGGAUGACGACGAGGGCGGGAUGGAGAUUGAUGUGGAGAAAUUCCUCAAUGCGGAUGGCAUCGCGGGUGUCGAAAGGUUGGUGGGUGUUGAGGGUGCCGGACGAGGCGAAGGGUGGAGAUUCUGGAGCGUCGAGGGUCGUUGA